AUGCCUCAAAGGGUGUUCACCGUAUCCUUCCCACUGGAUGCAGAAUUCAUAAAGGAUCACCAAGUUCUCCAGUUCUACGCAGCCUACGGCAAAGCCUUUCCCAAAAAUAACGAGGAGUGGGCAACAGUUUCUUUCGAAGACUGGUACGCCAAGGAUUGCAAGACGAUCCUCGUUGAUGGGACUACCAAAUCAGGAGGUCAAGAAUCAUGGGACUACUUCCAGAAUCUUUAUGCGAGAUUUCCCAAAGUGGAGCGAGACGUCCUGUCUUUCAUCGUAGUCGCAGAUGAUGAAAGGCACGAGUACAAGCUACACGCAAAUUUCAACACGAAGCUUUUCGCAGAUGGUGGGAGCCGAGUUGUUGAAGUUCCCCAGUCUUUCGUGUACACUGUGGGGAAAUCCGACGCGGGAAAAGGAACAGACGGGUUCCAGUUUAGAGAGUUGCGAAACUACUACGAUUUGAGAACGCUGGAAGGUGCUUUUGCGUAG